AUGUCUGCUGAUAAAAGUGCGUCCAGUCAGGCCUCUUCAUCUAGGGACCCAGCGGAAUACCUUCGAUCUGCCACUUUUUCAAAGUCUGAAGGUGCUCCCGUUUCACCCGAAAAUGCUGUCACAGCUUCAGACCUGCUUUUGGGUUCUUAUGAUCCCGCAAAAUUACACCCUCUCGCCGACCUUGGCGACAAACUGGACUAUCUUCUACUCGAUGAUGACAAGACAAGCGAGCUCCCUGGUUCUGGGACUGCAAUUCCUUCUCGGGGCUGGAGUGAUGAUUUAUGUUAUGGCACUGGAACCAUGUAUCUCAGUGGCCUUGCUGUUGGCGGUGCAUGGGGAUUGCGCGAGGGCGCAAGAAGGCCAUUGGCUGUAUCAAAUAGCAGGUUACGGAUCAACAGCGUUUUGAACUCGGUGACUCGAAGAGGCACAUUUAUAGGAAAUUCAGCAGGUGUCCUCGCUCUCGUGUAUAACGGAGUGAAUUCGUCGAUAGACGCCGCACGAGGAAAACACGACAUUCUUGGAAGCGUUUCCGCAGGGGCAAUUACGGGAGUACUCUACAAGUCAACAGCCGGAGUUAAACCUGCUCUCUCUGCGGCUAUAUUCAUGUCUGGAAUGGCGGGUUUCUGGAGCUAUGUGAAAAAAAUCAUUUGA